UAAACUCGAUGGAACGCGUGCACGCGCAUGUUUGCUUCAAGUCAUGGAAAAUCGUGGCAGCGGCGCGUUCUUUCUGCAGAAUUUUUUGUAGCCUGUGCCCGCGGGCCCCGUGGAAUAGCUCGUGCGAACGCAGCACUCCAACAAAAGAAGAGGACAACCGGAGAGAUGGAAUGAUGGAACGUCAUUUUACCAGGUGGUGCCACUGCUGCCACCGUGCCGCAGAACACUACCGUGCUGGCACGCGCGGCACGGGCCUGUGCGUGCAGUGACAUUCAGCAGCGUCCGUCCUGGGCUUCUUUUUCUGACGAGUGCCAAGUGUUUCUGUCAUUUGCGUGUUGUCAGGCAGGACUGAUUUGUGAGUUGACUUCGUCGGCUUGGCGCCCUGCAGGGCGGCCACCAUGUCACGCGGAGAUGAACUGGAGACAGUGAAGGCUGUCAUCCGCGCACUGCUUAUUGCCCGUAAGCGACCGAUGCCUCUGAGAAGAUUCCUGCUUACGUUUAUAGAAAGCGAGGGUCAUGUCCUUCCGUACGCAAGGUUUGGCUUUAGUGACCCUCUGAGUUUUCUCCGUAGUAUUCCGGAUGCCGCACAAGUGUCGCAGUUGGGGAGUGACGUCUAUGUAAGAGCCACGGUAACCGACGACAUCGAACACGUCCGGAGGCUGGUCAGAGGCCAGAGGGAACCAAAUUUCAAGUCCAUGCGCCUACCGCCGGCCUACAAACGGCCUGAUCUUUUCCCACCUGUUCAAAGUAUGGCGUUUUCGCCAUCGAGCCUGCAGAACUUUUCCACCCCCAGAUAUACCGGUGCACUGGAUCCGGUGAAGGCCAACCUCGGCAAAGGAAGCGCUGGUGCCCCACCUGUCCUGCCUCCAGUGAGGCCAGCACCAUAUUUCACCGGACAACACACAACUGGGCAACAUCCUUUGCCUGACCAGAGAGCUUUGAAGCCGUUGCAUCAGUUUGUCCGGACAGCACACAGCUGGCAGCCCAUUCAUGCAGAUGUCGAUCUUCGAAUGCCGCAGCUGUCUACAGGGCAGUCAUUUCAUCCAUACACACUGCCUACAAGCAUCGGGCUGCAACAACAAUCAUUCCAAGUCGGGCAUACAGUUCAGCCACUCAACCGUGAGAUUCAGUAUACAGGUGCAGUGACAAAAAUAUGGCGACCUAACCGAAGCAGACUUACAAGUCACUCGUUCCAUCCAGACAUUAAGUCUGCAGGCAUGGAGCCAUCAUGUCAGACUGGGGCUACAGAGCUAUCAGGAGCUCAAAAGGUAGCAACACAGAGAUCGUGCCAAAGCAGGCUAAAUGCUCCACUGGAUUCGGAGGAUGAUGAACCAUCGUCAGACGUGUACAGUCUGAUGCGGCAACAAAAGAUCACCAGGCAAAAUCCUGAACGUUAUGAGGCAUUGUGCCGUAUGAAUCCUCAGGUUGAGAAAAAUAUCAGGAAGGUGCUACGACGACGUCCGGAGGGCAUAUGGCUAUCAGACCUUGUAAAGGUGUACAAGGAAAUUACAGGUGCUGACCUCUGCCCAGUAGAGUACGGCUACAACAGCGUGUGGGACCUGAUACUUGAUUUCCGUCACUUGGUCUCUGUGACAAACCCCCGUCAUGAUGGAAACUGCAUGAUUGGUCCACACGAAAAUCCCACAACACCUACUCUGAGUUCGUGGACGGUGAACGUCUUGCGGCUGUUACUAAGGUUGAGUGGGCCACAAGGGCUGACUGUUCUUCAGCUUCUUCAGGCGUUCCAAAAAGUCACAGGGAAGACAAUUGACCUUGAAAAGUGUGGGCUCUCAACUCAUGCAUUUGUUACUUUACUCGCAACGGGAUCUUACCUGACAUUCGAGGACCUGGGCGAAGGGCAGUUUCUGCUCAAGAGUCAACUGCCAAAGGGAACCAGGGAAACUGUUCCUAUGGAAGUGGUUGGACCAACAAGGCCACCUGAAAAAAAUAAAAGUGCUCGAGCAGACCAAGCUCCCACAGCAAACGAAACCACUCAAGUGAAGAAAUGUGCCCCACUAACCAGUACUCUCAAGGCAAUGAGUGGUAUUGAAGCAUUGAAAAAUUCAGAUAUAGCUGAGUAUGUUGAAAUAGCUGAAAACACUGGUUCUCCAGACUCUUCUGAAGUUGAUGAACUGGAACAAAUGAUUAUGACAGCACUGACGUCGCCUAACAUGGGACGGGUCAAGAGCCCUCCACUUUUCAUGGCCAACAACCCCUAUGCACGGCCGGACCACCUGGAAGUAGGCAAACAUUAUGCUGUGUAUGUGUCACAGAUAUACAGUGUCCACCACUUCUACAUCCAAAAGAAGGGGCUAGAUGCCUCUGUUCGUCUCGAAGCACUCAUGAACCAACUGGAUUUGGUGUAUAAUGGUCCUGAGUCGAGUGCCUACCUCAUUGACGACAAGCUGGUACAUGUGGGGAUGCCCUGUGCAGCAUCUUAUACCUACAGUGAAGGCAACUCCGACUGGCACCGGGGUUUGGUGGUGGGGCUUGACGCCGAUCCGAGUAUUUGCCAGGUGCUUUUUAUUGACUAUGGCACACUUACGUUUCUCAAGAAAACAGAAGUGCGUUUCUUGAGAAAUGACUUCUUUGACUUGCCACCCCAAGCUGUGCGAGCCACCAUGGAAUACUUGAAACCUGUGACUCCUGAUGGCUGGACACUUGAAACGAAAACUGCCUUCAUCGAGUUAGCAAGUGGUGACAAGACCUUGGUGUGCAAAGUUUUGAAGCGUCGGGGUGCUCUGCACUCUGUCAGUCUUUGCAUUACAAGCCACAACUCUGAAGAAUACGUUUCUGAUCUGCUGGUGGAACGUCGUCUUGCUCUGCCCACCUUGAAGUACAAAGAAACAAUAGCCCGGAUGAUGGAAGCUGGGCCAUGUUCCACAGACCGAAAAGUGAAUGUCCCAGGCACACCUCCGUCAUUGAACAGUGGCAGUGACAUCACCAGCAAACAACCAACAGCUGUGGUACACCCAUCUCAACACUGGGGAUUUGUAGCUGACCAGAGCAUGCGAACAGGCCUUGGACCUCAACCAGCCGACGUCAGACUGAGAGCUCAAGAUUCCCUGCCGUUUCACCAAGCUGAGCCAAGUGCCCAAACUUCUGCAUCUGCUUCACAAGCAACCAAACCUGCUCAGCCAUUAGAUGAAGAGUGUGCUCAUGCACCAGCACUUAAACAAGCUCAACAAAAAGGACAUGUGCAAUCAACAUUACCUAAGGAUCUUCCAUCAGUGCCCCAUACCAAUGGCGUACAAAUGCCUACACCACAAUAUUCUGAACAAGUCCCUGAUGAGCAUGUUAUACCAUGUCAACCUAAUACAAAUUACUAUCUUUCUUGCCAAGAGAUUCCACCUCUAAAGGAUUGGCAAGAACCUUUUGAACAAGAACAGCGAUUAGCUAGGUGCCAUGCCUCAUCAACUGUGAAGCCAUGCGCAGAAUCUGCACAAAUAACCAUGCAGUCAGCAGUGCAGAUCGACGUGCAUUCAAGGGGAGAGCCAGCAUCAGAACCAGUUCACGAUCCAGAACCAGUUGCUGCGUCUACUGUGCACCGAUAUUUGCAGUCAGCUGUUCGAGAUACUGCACAGCCUGGUGGAGAAUCUGCUGUACAGUCCACUCCUAGUUUAGCUGUGCAGCCUCAGUUCCAGGGACCUGUACAGCCACCACUGAAGCCUGCCAUGGCCAUUCCUGGGGUGCCACCUUCUCAGUUUCAAACGCCUCUUGCGACUGAAAGAAUGACAAACCAGCCUUCACAUGAGGCUGUUGACGAUGAGGUGGAUAUCUUGGACCUGCUUCGAGAAGAGCUAGAUGGACGUCGUCCCAGCCGGGCAGUGAAGCCGGAGCACCUCACAUCUGGUUACUGCCUUAUGGUAGUGAAUUGUGAGGGUGUGCCCUACGUAACCACUGCUAAUGUGUGCCAGCUCCUUGGAUGGCCCUCGGAUGUGAUCCUUCAAAGGCUGGAAGCCAAGUGCAUCCAGUUUCCAACACUGGUCUUGAAAAGGGACAGCAACAACUAUUGGAUUUUUAAUGAAAUGGCCAGCUGUGAUGUCCCAGGGGUGAAGUUCGAACACAGUCAGCCUCAAGAGGUCACGCUGAUUCCACUGAGAAAUGUCCUUGACCUGCUCAACCUCUUUGAGUUCACCGAGGCCAAGUUGAGGCAUGACAUCGUUGCAGUCUUGUACUCGUUCAACCCAAGAAGCUCAUACUGGCAUCUUAGUGAUGCAGUAGAAGAAGGCGAUGUAGAGCACCAAUCCAGCAGUGCCAUGCAGGGUCGGGCCGAGACGCCAUCCAGGAGGGAGACACCUUUCGUGGAUGAUGACUGCUACUUGGACACGCUCUGACUCCCUGCAUACCAGUAUACCAAGGAGCUUGGGAGACACCUAGUGCCCUGCAAGGAGCUCAGCAAGUGUGAUACUUUCUUUUUGUUUGUCUUUUUUUUUUUUUGUAGGUCUCGAAAGUGCAGCGACACAUGUUGAAAACAUGAUUUCUUGUGUGCUUUUUUUGCAAAUUGUGUUUUGUCGUUAAUUCAAGUGUGCAAUACUGUAACUUCAUUGUGCAAUCCAUGCACGUCACACAGGCACAUGCUGGCAUGACGCUGGCACAUGCUGAUCUCUUGUUUUUUUAGGUGUCAUCAAACACAUCACUUGUUUUUUUAAUGUAUUCCCUGUGGUUUGGGUGACCAUGAAAACUCGUAUUGAUCUGGCUGCCACAUUGCAAAUUAAUUUUUUAUUUAAGGGUUUGUUUUGUUAUGUAAAGCAACAAGCGACUUUUUAGUUUUUAAUAUUUAUGUAUUAUGCCAUGAGUACAAAUAAAGUGCUUGUUGAGAU